CUCAUUGGCUAACCCAUUUCUUCCACUUCUGCAUUUUGCACUGUUGAUUUUUCACAUUUAAACCUCUAUAGAGAAAGGCAGUUAAAGUUUUCUGCUACAAAUCCAAGCUUCUUCAUUUAGUAAAAAAUGAGCAGCCUACCUCUUCAGGUCAAUGUGGAGAACUGGAUCACUGAAAACCAAAAUGCUUUCCUGCCUCCGGUUUGCAACAAGCUCAUGCACUUUUCCCAGUUGCUCAUCAUGUUUGUCGGUGGCCCUAAUACAAGGAAGGAUUAUCAUUUAGAGGAAGGAGAGGAGUUAUUUUUCCAGCUAAAGGGUGACAUGUGUCUGAAGGUUAUAGAAAACGGCAAACUCAAGGAUGUACACAUCAAAGAAGGCGAAAUGUUUCUACUUCCAGCUCGAAUCCCUCACUCUCCCCAGAGACAAGCCAACACAGUUGGACUGGUGGUGGAAAGACGACGUCUGCUGACUGAAACUGACUGCCUAAGGUACUAUGUGGACAACACCACAGACAUCCUCUUUGAGAGAUGGUUCUACUGUGAGAAUCUUGGAACACAAUUAGUUCCAAUAAUCAAAGAAUUCAUGGCAUCUAAGCAGGCUAAGACAGGAAGACCUGAUCCGAAUGAGGUCUUCAGAGAGCCUCCAUUCCAGCUGAAUACCAUGAACGUGAUGACACCAUUUUCUUUCAAAGACUGGCUGGAAAAACAAAGGCCAUCCCUGGCUAACGGCGGACCUAUCAAUAUCUUUGGAGCUCAGUUUGAGACGGAGGCAAUGGUGUUUGGACCUGGCCUGACUGAGACCUCCAUCCAGCAAACUGAUGUUUGGAUUUGGCAGCUGGAGGGAUCUUCAAGAGUGACCAUUGCGGAUCAGCCAUUUAAUCUGACUUCAGGAGACAGUUUGCUCAUCCCUGAGCAAAGCCAAUUCCAGUGGCAGAGGAAUGAGGGGACCGUUGCCCUGUUUGUUGUGCAAAAUCCAGAGCGCAAGAGAACCUGAUUUUGAACUAAAUACCUGAAAAUUAAAGUUAAAUACAUAGCAUAAGGAAGAUAGGUAUUAAGUCAACAGUACAUUUUCUAACAUUAUGCUACUAACCUAAAACUCUCACCAGAGGUCAGUAGCAUCUCAACUAAUCCACACAUACAAGGAAAUCCAAACAUAUCAAUGGCUGUUACUUAUUGUUUUCUUUGAAGCCUAUUUCUGAUGGGUUCAGCAAUUUCUCCUUGGCUUCUGCACAGCUCGUCUUUUUUCUUCAGUCAUAAAUUCUGGAUUACAACUCCAGUGCUGGUUGUGAGAUUAAGAUGUUUAAAAAAAAAGUGUGUAAGCAGCGCCAUCAGUAUGUUUUGCAGUGAUUAGGUUCUAAGUGUGUUGUCGGUAAAAAUAUGCAUUUGGCUCCUUUAUUUAGUCCCUGAAAAGAUGAGAACAAGGCGAUAAUGACAGCCCUUCCAGCUCAGGUGCUCGGUCCUGUUCUGACAUGGACAACAAAGUUUUCUAACUAUCUUAAAUUUACACAAAGAGCUGUGAAGGUUUUAAUCGAAACAAAUUACAGACAGUUUUAUCAAGCAGAUAGAUGUUGAAAAAUCCUUGAGUCUAAAGGAGCCUGGGACCUUUCCUAAACAGCCAUAAGAAAUAAAAUAACCCCUCAUGCCCACAUUUUGUAUAAACACACAAAAAUGGGACAACCUGAGCGAUUAACAUGCAUCAUUGGUAAAAUGGAGGAAGAAAAGGACAUAAAUGUUUUACUCCACAAUCUCUAGAGAGCUUUUGCUUGGAGCUAAUACAUUGGUAAUAGGAAUUUGUGCUGAGCAGAGGGACUUUUAAGUUACUUUCCUUGAUACCAUAUUUACAUUUUAAUAUAUUUUCCUUGUGCUAUUUUACUUCAUAAACUUAAAUCUAUUCAGUCACUUAAAAAUUGUGUCAAUUCCACAUAAACAAUCCCAUUAGUUAUACAUUCUAUGAGAAAAAUGCUGAAUUGUUCAAUAAGUUGUGUGUGAUUGAUCACUAUGAAUGAUUACUUGCAUCAAAUAAUGCAAAUUGAGCUUAGUUUAUUUCUUUGGUCAACUUAAACAUUAUUAACAAAACAAGUAUCUAAUUUUGACACUAUAGCUGAGUGCUAAGAAUACAGAAAUAAAAGUGAUGUGACAUGAA